UUUCCACCAGUGGGUAACUACGAACCUGUGUAUGCUAUAUAUAUAGAGAAGCAUGUGUUACUCUUCCAAACAACAAAACCAAAACAUAUAUCUUGUCUUAAAAAACUGCUUUCAAAGAUGAAGCUGGUGGUUCUCAUGUCGUUCUUGCUCCUUCUCCCCUUGUGUUCUUCAAGCUUUGGAGAGAGCCAUGGAGAUGGAGCUCCUCACACCGACCAAUAUUCAGUAAAUAUGGUUGAAGAGAGUAUUCCGAAAAUGAUGGAUAGUCCGGAAACAGGCCCAAACCCAAGCCACGAUCAGAGAGUAAACGGUUGGGGUCGUCCUACACGGCCACCGUCACCGGAUGUAAACGGUUGGGGUCGUCCUACACGGCCACCGUCACCGGAUGUAAACGGUUGGGGUCGUUCUGUACAGCCACCGCCAUCGGAUGUAAACGGUUGGGGUCCUUCUGUACAGCCACCGCCAUCGGAUGUAAACGGUUGGGGUCGUUCUGUACAGCCACCGCCAUCAGAUGUAAACGAUUGGGGUCGUCCUAUACUGCCACCGCCAACGGAUGUAAACGGUUGGGAUCGUCCUACGCGGCCACCGUCACCGGAUGUAAACGGUUGGGGUCGUCCUAUGCGGCCACCGCCACCGCGUGUAAACGGUUGAGGUCGUGCUACGCGGCCACCGCCACCGGAUAUGAACUAAGAACUAUGAUGAUGAAGCAAAAAUCUGAGAGUAUGAUGGCUAUAUGAUAUGUGUAACUGUCAAACUAAUAAAAUUAAGUAAUAAAAUGCUAUAAUAAACUUGGUUAAAAUAAACUUGUGACUCAA